AUGGAUGAAACUCAAUAUACAGACAAUGCUUUAAAUAUUAUAUCUAGAGCAUCAAAACUUGCAAAAGAUAAUUCCCAUUCUCAACUUUUGCCAUUACAUUUUCUUGCAGCAUUUGUUCCAACUGAUGAAGAAGGUUCAACUUUAUAUUUGAAAACUUUGAUUCAAAAGGCAAGAUAUGAAUGGCCUACUUUUGAAAGAGUAGUGAAUAAACAUUUGGUAAGACUUCCCUCCCAAUCCCCUCCUCCAGAUGAAAUAAGACCUAGUUAUUCGACUGGUCAAGUGUUAACUAAUGCAAGCAAAAUUAAACAACAACAAAAAGAUAGUUACAUUGCACAAGAUCAUAUAUUAUUAGCAUUAUUAGAAGACCCAUCUAUAAAAGAUAUUUUCAAGGAAGCAGGUGUGAAUGUUGAAGCUGUCAAAAGUCAAGCAAUUGAAUUAAGAGGAAACCAGAGAAUAGACUCUAGACAAUCUGAUGCUUCUUCUUCAUAUGAAUUUUUACAUAAAUAUUGUGAAGAUUUAACGGAGAAGGCUAGAGAAGGUAAGAUUGAUCCUGUGAUCGGAAGAGAAGAAGAAAUUAGACGUGUGAUUAGAGUAUUGGCAAGAAGAACCAAGUGUAAUUCUGUCCUUAUCGGUGAUGCCGGUGUUGGUAAAACAUCAAUUGUUGAAGGUGUUGCUCAAAGAAUCAUUGAUGGGGAUGUUCCAAACAUUUUAGCUAACUCAAGAUUAUUUGCUCUUGAUUUAGGUGCGUUAACUGCUGGUGCCAAAUACAAAGGUGAAUUUGAAGAAAGAAUUAAAGGUGUUUUAGGUGAUAUCGAAAAGUCCAAGGAGUUUAUUAUUUUAUUCAUUGAUGAAAUCCAUAUGUUAAUGGGUGAUGGUAAAUCAGAUGCUGCCAACUUAUUAAAACCAAUGUUAGCAAGAGGUGUAUUACAUUGUAUUGGUGCAACCACAUUUACUGAAUAUCGUAAGCACAUUGCCAAAGAUGGUGCAUUUGAAAGAAGAUUCCAAAAGAUUGAUGUCCCAGCUGCUACUGUGAAUGAAACCGUUGCCAUCUUAAGAGGUUUGCAACCAAAAUAUGAAAUCCAUCAUGGGGUUCGUAUCUUGGAUAGUGCAUUGGUUACUGCUGCACAAUUGGCUUCUAGAUACUUAACCUAUAGGGCAUUACCAGAUUCUGCUGUUGACCUUGUUGAUGAAACUUGUGCUACCGUUUCUGUUGCUAGAGACUCGAAACCAGAAGAAUUGGAUACGAUUGAAAGACAAUUACAUUUGGUUGAAGUUGAAAUCAAUGCUUUGGAAAGAGAUAAAGAUGCCGAUUCAGCUUCUAAAGAUCGUUUAGAAAUUGCCAAGAAGAAGAAAGCUGAAUUGGAAGAACAACUUCGUCCUCUUGAAGAAAGAUUCAAACAAGAACGUGCUGGUCAUGAUUUAUUAAUCUCGGCAAAGAGAAAGUUGGAGGAAUUGGAAGUUAAAGCACAAGAUGCAGAAAGAAGACAUGACACCGCCACUGCUGCUGAUUUGAGAUAUUUUGCUAUUCCAGAUGUUCAAAAACAAAUUGAAGAAUUAGAAAUGAGAGUUGCCGAAGAAGAAUCUGGCAAUGAUGCAUUGUUACGUAAUGCUGUUACUGCUGAACAAAUUUGUGAAACAGCAGCAAGAUUAACUGGAAUUCCUGUAACUAAAUUGACUCAAGCUGAAAAUACUAGAUUGAUAAAUAUGGAAAAGGUCUUAUCAUCCGAAGUCGUAGGUCAAUCAGAAGCAGUCAAGGCUGUAUCCAAUGCUAUUAGAUUGAAUAGAUCUGGUUUAUCUAAUCCAAAUCAACCAUCAUCAUUCUUAUUCCUCGGUCUUUCCGGGUCGGGUAAAACAGAACUUGCUAAGAAACUUGCUGGGUUCUUAUUUGCUGAUGAAAAGGCUAUGAUUAGAAUUGAUUGUUCUGAACUUGGUGAUAAAUGGUCGGCAUCGAAGUUAUUAGGUGCUGCUCCUGGUUAUGUCGGUUAUGAAGAAGGUGGUAUUUUAACUGAACAAUUAUUAAGAAAACCAUAUUCAGUCGUGUUAUUUGAUGAAGUUGAAAAGGCAGCACCAGAAGUUUUAACAGUCUUAUUACAAAUCCUUGAUGAUGGAAGAGUCACUUCCUCACAAGGUAAGUUGGUGAAUUGUUCCAAUGCUAUCUUUGUGAUGACUUCCAACUUGGGGGCUGAAUUCCUUAAGAAUUCUAGAGGAAACAAGAUUGAUUCGCAAACAAGGGAAUUGGUUAUGACUGCACUUAAAUCCCAUUUCAGACCAGAAUUCUUAAACCGUAUUUCAAGUACUGUUAUUUUCAAUAGAUUAUCAAGAAAAGCUAUUGCAAAGAUUGUUAAGCUUAGAUUAAAGGAAGUGGAAGAUAGAUUUGCUGCCAACUCCAAGUCAAUCAAAUUAGAAGUAGACGAUGCUGCUAUGGAAUACUUGACAAAGAAUGGUUGGUCUCCAGAUUUAGGUGCUAGACCAUUGAACCGUUUGAUCCAACAAGAAAUUUUGAACAAGCUUGCAGUAUUAUUAUUGAAGGGACAAAUUAAAGAUAAAGAAACAGCUAGAGUUGUUGUGGGAGAAAAAGGAUUGGAAGUUUUGCCAAACCAUGAGCUUGAAGACGAAGAUAUGGACGUUGACGUUGAAGAUUGGGAAGAUACAGACGAUGAAGAUUCUGUUUUUGAUGGUGAACGUCUUGUUACGCCAGGAUUAGAUUAA